CGUAUAAAUGCUGGGCUGGGGGGUCACUCGCCUUGACCAAGGCUGGGGACCUGGGGCCGUUCGCAGGCAGGGUAAGGCAUGGCAGCAGGUGGUGGGGUUGAUGGAGCUCUCCCAGAACUCAGUCGCUAUGUGGUGUCCCGGCCAAUCUAUAAUGAGCCAACUUUUGAAGAAGAGCAUGAAAGGAAACUGGUGGUGCCCAAAACCCUCCAGCAACGACUCCAGAAAACUUGCAGCUGCUCAAGAAGAAAAGUCUUACAGAUAGCUAAGACCCUUUUCCCUAUUCUGGAAUGGUUGCCUAAAUACAGAGUUAAGGAAUGGCUCAUCAGUGAUGCCAUUUCUGGAGUCAGUACUGGACUUGUGGCUACUUUACAAGGCUUGGCGUAUGCUUUGCUGGUUGGCGUUCCAAUUGGAUAUGGCCUCUAUUCUGCUUUUUUCCCCAUCGUGACAUACUUCUUCUUGGGAACAUCAAAACACAUCUCAGUUGGGCCUUUUCCUGUGGUCAGCUUAAUGGUGGGCUCAGUAGUACUGAGCAUGGCACCGGAUGAAAAUUUCCACCUGGUUAGCAGUAAUGCGACAGGACUCAACAAAACUUUGAUAGACACUGAAGCUAGAGAUGCACAGAGAGUGUUGAUUUCCAGCACUGUCACCUUUUUGGUCGGCAUUCUCCAGCUGGUGUUUGGAGUGUUUCAGAUUGGUUUCAUUGUGAGAUAUCUUGCAGACCCGCUGGUUGGGGGAUUUACAACUGCAGCUGCUUUCCAAGUGUUUGUUUCACAAUUGAAAAUAGUCUUAAAUGUUCCAACUCAAAACUACAAUGGUGUUCUUUCCAUAAUAUAUACCCUUAUAGAAAUAUUUCAAAAUAUUAGAAUGACGAACAUUGCUGAUCUCAUUGCUGGCCUGCUGACCAUUUUUGUUUGCAUGGUAGUCAAAGAAAUAAACGAUCGAUUCAAACACAAGAUUCCUGUUCCUAUUCCAAUAGAAGUGAUUGUGACAAUAAUAGCGACUGGCAUUUCAUAUGGAGCUGAUCUAGAAAAGAAAUACAAUGCAGGCAUUGUUAAAAGCAUCCCUAGUGGAUUUUUGCCUCCUGCACCUCCAGAUGUCAGCAUGUUUGGAGAUAUGAUAGCAUCGGCCUUUUCCAUUGCUAUUGUUGCUUAUGCAAUAGCCGUCUCAGUAGGCAAAGUGUAUGCAACCAAAUAUGACUAUGCUAUUGAUGGAAAUCAGGAGUUUAUUGCCUUUGGGAUCAGCAAUAUAUUUUCAGGAGCUUUUUCAUGUUUUGCUGCUACUACUGCUCUGUCUCGCACAGCAGUUCAAGAAAGCACCGGUGGAAAAACCCAGAUUGCUGGCAUAAUUUCAGCUGCAAUUGUACUGAUUGCAAUUGUUGCUUUGGGAAAACUUCUGGAACCUUUGCAAAAGUCUGUAUUAGCAGCUGUAGUCAUUGCCAACUUGAAAGGGAUGUUCAUGCAAGUGUGUGAUGUCCCCGCUUUAUGGAGGCAAAGCAAGGCAGAUGCUAUGAUUUGGGUUUUCACCUGUAUAGCAUCUAUCAUUUUGGGACUGGAUUUGGGGUUACUGGCUGGUCUGGUGUUUGCACUGCUGACUGUUGUACUGAGAGUUCAAUUUCCUUCAUGGGGAAGCCUUGGUGGUGUUCCUGGCACAGACUUAUAUAAGAACACCAAAACAUACAAAAAUAUUGUUGAACCAGAAGGCGUGAAGAUUCUCAAGUUUUCAAGUCCUAUUUUUUAUGCUAACAUUGAUGGUUUGAGAAGCAGCCUCAAAUCUACUGUAGGAUUUGACGCCAUGAAGGUUUAUAACAAGAGGCUUAAAGCUCUGAGAAAGAUACAAAAGCUGAUCAAGAAAGGAAAAUUAAGAGCAACAAAAAACGGCAUCAUCAGUGAUUCUGGUACAACGAACGAAGCUUUUGAACCAGAUGAGGACCCAGAAGAUCCUGUAGAUCUUGACAUUCCAACCAAAGAAGUAGAAAUCCAGGUGGACUGGAAUUUAGAACUCCCAGUCAAAGUCAAUGUCCCCAAAGUACCUAUCCAUAGUCUUAUUUUUGAUUUUGGAGCUGUAUCUUUUGUGGAUGUAGUCGCAGUGAGAGUAAUGAAAACGAUUGUCAAAGAAUUUGAGAGGAUUGAUGUGAAAGUAUAUAUUGCAUCCCAUCUAGACAACAUUAUCAAAACACUUGAACAGUGUGGUUUUUUUGAUGAUAAUAUUCAAAAAGACAUGCUCUUCCUGACUGUCCAUGAUGCUGUACUCCAUAUACAGAAUCAGAUCAUGUAUAGAGACAUCCAAGAUCCUAUAUUUGAAAAGAUUUCACUGAUGCAGGAAUCAAAGGAACCACUUGAAUUAAUAGAAACAAACCAGAAUGAAGAGCUUGAUGUUCAGGAAGAGGUAUGGUUUAAUUUAGUAUGAAACUUCUGCAUUGUAAAUCCAGUUUUUUUACAUAAAGUAAGAAAAUAUAGGUUUUGCUUAGCAAACAGACUACAAUAUCUCAUAUUGCUUUUCAGCCCUAAAAUUAUAUGCUUUCUCAUUCCACAAACUUUUGUUACUACAAUAGUUUGGUGUGGGGGAAAUUACUUCUGUCUAAUGGUGCUUAAAAGAGCCAAUUUUUCUGUGGCCCACUGGCUGAUUCUUCUAACUGAUCUUCUAAAAAAUUUUAUGCUUCUUUUUAAUGUGUGCUUUAUUAAAGCAAUACAGGAGGUUGUGUGCUGUGUUAAAGCAAUACAGAAUUUAUCCAUAUAUUAAGUGCUCAAAGAGUUUUAACAGGGGUACCCAAGGAAAAAAAUACAGUACCUUCACUAAACUUUUUAGCAUUCUUUGAAGAAAAUAAUGGUAGUUAAUCCACAUACAUUUCUUCCUCUGAGCAUACCCAUUCAAUUUUGGAAUACUCUAUGUUAUAUAACUCUCUCCUGGGAUAAAGCACAUUUACUCAAUGCAACUGAGAAGGCAGAAGAUGAAACACCUUGCCAUGACAUUUAUAUAUUUAUUUUAAGUCAUAAAUAUAUGUUUUAAAUAAGCAAGUACCCUUCCAAGAUCCAGAAUAUUUGUUUAAAGUGAUAUUUGAUUCUUUAAUCUUACAUGUAUCAGUAUCAGAUUCAUGACUUAUGCAGAUAUAAUUACAGGAAUUUUG